GAGGUUCCCUUGCCAUCAAUAGGGUUGGGUUGCCAUCCUCGACUUAGAGAACUCACUUUUUCUGGCAUGGAUAGUUUCAACUCGGUCGUUGUUGGACCAAAACUUUCCAACUUGAAAAAUCUGUCAAAAUUACGUCUUUAUCGCUCUCCACCGAGGGAAAUUCAACUCGACGGGCUUGAACUGUUGAGGGAUUUGCGCGUGGAACGUUGCGAGUUUCUCGAGGGAUUGUCGGUUAUUUCAUCAAGCAUGAGGAAACUCUAUCAAAUGACAGUCCGGGAUUGCCCAAAGCUACUUGAAAUUCGAUUUCGCAGUAUGAUGGAAUCAUUAAAGGUACUUCAAGUGGAAAGUUGCGUUUCCCUUGGAGGGUUAUAUGGUUUAUCAAACUCCAAGAAGCUGACGAAUUUAGAAAUCCAAUGGUGCGAUGGGCUACGAGUUGUUGAGGGCCUUGAAGAAUUGGAGCUUUUGAGUUAUUUGUACGUAAAUUGGUGUAAAUCGUUGGAAAGGCUGAUUGAUGUAUCCAACUCAAAGAUACCAAAUAAAUGCAGGAUAGAUGUAUGGGAUUGCGGGAAAUUCCCAUAUACUUAUGGCGAUGACAUCCGUUAUAGGGAUUAUAGAGAGAUGUUUCUUGGGAGGACGAGGAAGACAUUCAACGAGGAGUAUGAAAUGGAGGAGAACGGCAGCAUUCAUUGUUUCAUAUGCAUAUUAGAAUGUAUCUGCUAGCGGUUACGGUUUUUACAAGGGAGAAGUCUUGGUAGGCAGACAGGACAAGUACAUUUGCAUUGCAGGAUAAUGCAACAUGGAGUUAGGAAAAACUGAAUGGAUCUCUAUACAU